CUAGGCUGUCAUGCACGAGCGCGUGCCCGUGUGUGUUGAGAGAGGGGGUGCAUCUACCUCCAAGCACACGGACAUGCACACCGGGAGGAUGCACCCUCGGUUCAGACAACACACACGGAGCUGAGGAACGACACUGGACUUGGACUAACGGACGCGCCGACUCCAGGAACCAGCUGCACCGAGCUACCGGGACCAGGCUGCGGGCCGGCCGAGCCUCCCCCUGUCGGAGAGAGCGUGCGGACCACGGAGGGAGAAUGAAGAAAAGCCAGGGCAGCAGACGGGGUGUCCAGGACCUGGCUCAGCAGGGGGUCCAGCAGCCAGAGAAAGUGGGCUGGAUCAGGAAGUUCUGUGGCCGCGGGAUCUUCCGGGAGCUGUGGAGGAGCCGCUACGUGGUGCUGCGAGGAGACCACCUCUAUAUCUCUGACAAGGAGGUGAAAGAUGAGCGUAAAGCACAGGAAGUGUUCAACCUGGCUGAUUACGAGCGUUCAGAGGAGCUGAGGAAAGUGAAGAGUCGCAGUAAGAAAGACCACAGUCGCUUCACUGUGCUCCGCUGCCGGCAGCCAGGAAACUCUGUUCCCAACCUUGUGUUUCUAGCAGUGAGUCCUGAGGAGAAGGAGUUGUGGGUGAAUGCCCUCAACGUGGCGAUCAUCAAAGCCAAGAACAGAGUCCUAGAUGAGGUGACCACUGAGGAGGACAGUGCACUGGUCCAUCCCACCAGAGACCGAGCAAAGAUCCCACAUGGCCGCCGGCUGCCCACCAGAGGACACCUCAUGGCUGUGGCAUCCACCUCCUCCCACGGCAUUUUGACCCUCGACCUGGUUGCUGAGGAGGACGGUUUCUCCCACGACUACGAUGGCUACUCACGGGACUCGUGGGAGAAUAGCUUCCAGAGGGUGGGCUCAUGUGGACAUGUGGCAGUUGUUGGUUCCCAGGGGGUCUGUGGUCGUCAGCGGGCCGGCACUGAUGUCUCAAAGCUCAGGGUGACCACCAAGGAGCCCAGGGUGAAGACUGGCAGCUUGCCCAGGGGGAGUGAGCGAUCCUGGGGUAAACAGCCCCACCUGGAGGCCUCCAAGGUCCACAAGAGCCAGCAGGUGCAGGUCCUCCAGGCUCAGUCUCGGACUCCACAGCCAGGGAAGAGGUCCAGCGUGCAGGGCCGAAGUCGCUGUGCCUCCAUGGAUGAAGUCCUCUCCUCCAGGCCAGUGAUGCUUCGUUCAGAGUUGCGCUCUGCUCUCCAUCAAUGUCCGACAGGAGAAGAGGUGGGGGGCGGGGCUUCAGUCCAGCCAGUUGGUCAGCUGCAGAGCCUCAUCGCCCAGAGGAUGCAGAGAGCCCAGGAGCUGCUGGAGGAGAUGAGACUACAGGAGCUGCAGAAGGCCAAAGCAGAGCAGGAACGAGGAGGCAGCUCACCCCACCUGAAGGGCAUUGAGUCUCCUCGACUCCACCACCUCAGGGGCUUGGACUCGCCUCACACCAGCAGGUCGUCUGGAUCUCUGAGGAGCAGGAGCAGUGACUCUCCUCGCUUCCGGGGCAAAGACUCUCCUCGUAUGAGAGGAAAAGAGUCUCCUCGAUCCAAAGCCAAGAGGAAUCGCUCCAAAGGCACUAACUCGCCUCGCUCCAGAGGAUCCCAUUCACCUGCCACUAAAACAAACGGCUCUCCCCUACUGAAGGAUUCACCACAUCUGACCACCGCUGACUUUCCUCAAUCCAUGAGCUCCGACACAGGUCACUUACCGAAACUCCAGAGAUCAUGCAGCUCUCCUGUGCAGACGUCACCAUGUGAAUCGCCUCCGUGUGUCACAGGAUCAAACCCCCCUCAGGUUAGAGGAUCUGACUCACCACGAGGCAGUGGAACCAGCUCCCCGCGUGUGGGCAGCAGCCUGGAUUCACCCUGUCUGAGUCACAAGCACUCCCCGAGCCUUUCUGAGUCCUUUCAGUCCUCCCAGCCCCAAACCCCUGACAAACACAGCCAGUCCCCACCUCUGCCUGCUUCACCGCCCUCCCUGCUGUCAGAGGAGGACCAGGAAGUGGAAAGAAGGCGUGCCGAGGCCGAGCGCCUCCUGGAGGAGGCUGUGUCAUCGUGGAGGGAGGCGCAGGAGGUGCUGCAGGAGGUGAAGGAGCUGCAGAGUCAGCACAGGAGGACCUAUGAGAAGACGAACUUGUUAGCGGCAGCAGCCGGGUUGCCUGCAGCAAGCGUAGCAGCAGAGGAGGACAACACGGCCACUUCGCCGACAUCACCUGACAGUGACGAGGAGUCUGAGACAUCUUGAAGAGGACUUUUUUCUUACCAGUAUUUAUUGGAUUAUUUUCUCAGUGGAACUAGCGGCGCUGUUUAGCAGGAUUAGCAUCAUUUCUAUGUUCUGAUGUGGGGCCAGUGGGAUGCAUGUGAACACUAAUGUGGGUUAUUGUAAAACCAGCCAUCUAUACUUCUCCCCAGUUCUUCCUCAGUGCACUGGACCAUCACUGGUCCGACGCCCUCUCACUCCUGCUGCCCGUUUUACUCUCGAGAGUCUCUGUGUGACAUGUGGUAUUUGAGUAGAGUUUUGAUGGAGGGUCACUUCUUUUCUACAUCUGUAAUGGUGCUGCACGUUUUUCUUCUUCGUCUUUUCUACUGACAGUGAAGUCAAAGCCUCUGUGUUGAUGUCAGACACAGGUUUUUGGAAGACAAAAUAACGUUCGUCCUUCACAGACUUUUUUUCCAAAGAUGCCAACGUUUAUAUGGUGGAAAAGUUUUCAAUACGAUGAUUAGGACCUGCUUUGUCUUUUCCUGGUGUUAAAAUAAUGAGGCUGAAGUGGUCCCAGUCCGGCUGAGUUGUGGCUGCACACAUCCCACCCAGUCGUUCUCAGUUCACUGCUGAAUUCAACCUAAACACAUUUUGGUUGAACUCAGCAGUAAAAGUCAGGGAGUUGAACGUCCUCUAUGCUGAGGACAGAAUAAGCAAUAAUGUCAAUAAGAAACAGAUGUGGUUCCCUCCAACACUGCAUUUGUUUAACAGUUGUAUCACUGCUGCACCGCCAAGUUGUGUUCAUAUGCAAUGUACAAGCACAAAGUCAACAACAGGUCCCAGGACCAGAUACUGAAGGACCCAGGUUAAUGCCUGUUGUGUUGUAGUGCGGCAUUUGUUUGAACCUGUAGUGUCUGACAAGCACCGGGCAUGAGUUUAAACAAAGCACCAGUCGCGUUUUGGCCCAUGGUCACUUUUAUAAAAGAAUAAUCUAAAUAAACUUUUGGAUCAUGAUUCUUAAAAACUGUUUUUAGAUAGUGAAGGAAAUUUUCAGUCGAACUUUAAACAUGAACAAACUGCAGACACGUCAAAAUUACACGUCACUGACAAAGUGUUCAUGUCGCACACACAAAACGUGUCACAGACGCACAUUCAACAUCCCAGAUUCACAUGACGACAUUUCUGUAUCGCAGACAUACAUGAGAAAAGUCAUGCGCCACUGACUGGUGACUGGGUCUAUGACUGGGUCCUUGACUGACAAGACGAUAAACAGGCUGCUGGCCUGAAAGCUGUAGGACACGUGACCAGGUCUCUGCACUAACCUGAGCUGAACCACUGUUAGUUUAUCUGAUUCAUCAAACCAAUGUCAAUAUUCACUGUAUCUGCUCUGAGUGUGUCCUCACUGCCACGUCGCCUUCACGUGUCAUGAACCUUGUCGGAGAUAAACACACUGUACUGAUAGUGAACAAUGUGUUAUAAUGUCUGCACACCCACUACGCUCUGUCAGAGUAUGAAAGCAGUUGCUUUAAAUGUCUGGUUUUCUUUUUAAAACUCAAUUACAGAUUUCUCUGUUCAUGUCUUUGAAUGAUGAUGUUUGAAUUAACUGUAUGCAGCAAUGCAUUGUGGGUCAAUGGCGCACAAGAAGGAAAAAACUACGUUGAGCAUCCAGAGCUCAUCUUCACAUACAAAACAAAAUGAGCUAAAGACGCCGCCAGCGGGUGAUGUCACUUCACGUGGCGACUCCAGUUUCCGCCUUGCUGUCAGGUUCAAGGUGACCCUACCUGGGGACAGGUGCACGCGCCUCACUGGCUGAAGCUCUGCCUGGUUUAAAUGGAAAUAGCAGCUGAGUGAUAUCAGAUGAUGGCGGUGUAUUUAGUUGUGCGGUGUUUUUAAAAAGCUGCUGAUGUAGCUACAGAAGUGACUACACGUAUAAUUUGGUGCCUUUAAGGAACAAAUUUGGGGCGAGGCUUCCAGCCACGAACCCACAGACACUGAUGAGCUUUACGUCUAAGGCUAAAUGAUUAGCGAGCUGGAAGUCUGAAUGUACAGCUGAGCCUGCUUUACACAAGGAGGAGCAGGUGAGUCUCAGCCUUGCUUCUGGGCUUGGGUCUAGAAAUCCACUCCCAGAUUCUGGUCACAUGACCCGACACCCUGCCGCUCUACUGGCUGCCAGCCCCAAGCAGGACUCGGGUCAGUGAGCUGUGAUGAAGAGCAGCCCAACAGUCUCAGCCACCUCACAACACACGAGUGUGGCCGAUUACGUAUGCAUGAGGGAGCGUUUGUUGAUGACUAAUCUGCUGCUUCAGAUGACCAGACUAUCUUAAAUACCGAGUCCCUCCGGCUCGGUGCUGUCAUUUGUUUAGACUCCACUAGAUGGACCGAGGGUCCAGCAGCACUGAUGCGCCUCUCGUUAGAAGGUCUGGGGCUGCUGAUGCCUUCAUCGGUUUGCUGAUGCCACUUUAAAGCUGCAUUAACUAAGCUUUAGCACAAAUUCAGAUAAUUCAAGUAAAAAUCACCUAGAUGUGUUGUCCCCCUGCUGUACCAGCCCCCACUCUCACUUCAGCAUUAACGGUUGAAGUUAAUGCAGCUGUAACUUGCAUCAGGCCCUGCACACCGUGGUGCUCGCAGUAGACGGGGUACCUGGUCCCCUUCUGCACUCAGCAGACUGAGGGACACAGACCGGGGGCUCUGGGGCCUCGCACCAUGCUUCAGGGUCCUCGUCUGCAGAGGAAACACCAACAUUGUGUGUGUGGAACUGGAUUAUUUAUGGAAGUGUUUCCCAACCACUGUGUCGCGGCACAUAAGUGUUCCGUGAGAAAUCAUCAGGUGUACCGUGGAAGAUUAUCCAGUUUCACCUGAUUGGUACUCUAAGCAAGCAGCGUGUAGUGACAGGCAGAACAAUUACAUGCUCUUCCACUAGAAGGCAGUAUCACGCUAAAUACGAAAGUACAUAGUCGUGCUACAAGCCAGACAACGCUGCAGGUAAUAGCGAUGGAUAAGUAUUUGAAAAGAAAAAGUAGUCAAUCUGACCUGGGUCCUGGAGAAAAUUCUGACCCAGAUGAAGGCCCUAGCUCAAGACAAUACAAUGAAAGUUAUCUUGCCUUUGGAUUCAUUUAUAC